GAAACUUCUAUUGGAAAAGAAGGAUUUGUCUAUCAAGCCUAGUCGUUUUGCAUCCAUAAGUUCCAGUAAUAUAAGACUUAUUUACUUAAGACAAAGCUUGGUGCUAGAGUUAUGUAAACAACUUGAAAGUGCUAUGGAAAAGGUUGUUGGAGCCUUCGUUAGAGUUAAAAUGGAUUCCAGUGAUUGUAAGCAGACAAGGCCUUACCAUCUUGUGAGAGUUAAAGGUGUUGUAUUGGAGGAUGAUGCUUAUAGGAGAAUGCUUUUGGUAGUUUCCUUCAUGUCUGAAGCCAUCCCUAUCUCCGAGCUUUCUGAUAAUGACUUCACAGAGCAAGAAUGUGAGGAUUUGCGGCUAAAAGUGAAAGCCAAAAUGCUGCAGAAACUAACUGUUGUGGAGCUUCAAGAAAGGGCAAACAUUCUUCAUGAGGAUAUAACAAAGCAUUGGAUCGCGACUCGACUAACCUAUUUGCAAAAUCAAAUUGACCGUGCAAACCUGAAGGGAAGACAAAGAGAAAAAUUUGCCUUACUAGAUGAAAGGGAAAAACUUCAACAACCAUGGAAGCAAGAAGAGUUGUUAAAGCGAGUUCCAUCAGUUGUCCCAGAGUUUCCUACAAAGCCACACAAAUGAUCCUGAAGAGAAUAACACA